AUGAUUCUGCUGCUAACAUUUCUCAAGCAGUACGGAGCUGCUAAGGAAAACGAAUGCUUCGCUAAUAGUAGGCGUAUUGCAGUGAAGAAAACGCAGGCUGACGUCUUUCCUUGCGGAAUAAUGCACAGAUGUAUUAUUCCGCAAGUAACACCACCGAUGCUUCCGCCGAAGAACCGCCACAAAGACGAAUCCAUGUACCAAUCCCGGACCUCGUCAGUCUCCUCCAGCACCGGCAGACCUCAACAACCAUUACCUCAACCUCCCUCGCACCAAUCGUCUUCAUCAUCGCUGCAGUCCUACGGUCACGUUGUCACUGCCAGCGGCAAGACCAACUUCAACGCCAUUCAGCUCCAACUGCAAAACCAACUGCACUUCAAACAGUACCAUCAACUGACGCAACAACCCUGGCAGCGGGAACAACUCUCCAUGGCGCAGCAGCACGCCUCGGCCAAUUAUCAGACGCACGAUUCUCGGUACGAGCCAAAGUCCACCCGAAACCGCUCGUACUCGGGAAGCAGCGAGCGAGAGCAACAGCACCAUCAACAGCAGCAACAGCAAAUGCAACAGCAGCAAUACCAAAAGAGCAGCGGUGAUAAGCAGAAGCAAAGCUACCAAACACUACCGAAAAACCAUCAUCAUCAUCACAGCAGCGGAGGAGGCGGUUCUUCGAACACGACAUCAUUUAGCACGCAAACACAACCGCAACCACAGCAAUCAAUGCCGCAUCAUCAUCACCAUCCGUUGCCACAGCAACCGCAGCAGCAGCAGCAGUCACAGCAGGCUGUGACUCAACAGCCGAUGCAGCCGAAGAGCAUCCUCAGCAAGUCGCGCUCAAAUGAAGCACGCGAACGUGAACGCGAACACCGGGAUCGUGAACGUGAACGAGAAAGGGAACGAGAGCGCGAACGCGAACGGGACCGGGAGCGCGAACGUGAUCGAGAUCGCGAACGGGAACGGAGCUCUCACAGAGGGCACAGUCACGAGUAUCAUCACGAUGCGCGCUCGGAGAGCAACAAAAAUCCGAACGUCUACUAUCGAUCUCUUCAGCGCGGAGGACUACAGGCCAAUAAUGAUCUCUACUCGGUGACGGAGUUGUGA